AUGAAUAAAAUAAAAAAAGAUCAUAAUAAUAAAUAUUUAAGUGAUAUUAAUUUGAUUAAAAAAAAUAAAAUAACUAAUAAUUUAGAUGAAGAAAUUUUUUUAUUGGAUGAAAGUUUUAUUGUUAAUUCUUCACAUAACUCUAUUGAAAAUCCUAGCAGAAAUUUAAAUGUUAAAAAAAAAAGUAAUAUUGAAAAAAAAAUUGUCUCUAUUCAAAAAAAAAAAAAAGCAUAUAAUUUUCCUUAUGAUAAUAGAGCAUCUUAUGAAUAUCAUUAUAAAAAAGAUAAAAAAAAAAAAAAAAAAAGAAAAUUAAAAAUGCUUAGUAGUAGUGAUUGUAAAGAUAAAUUAUACGAAAAUAAAAAUUCGUUAAGGAUAAAUAUGGAUGAACAAAUAUAUAAAAGGAAAUUAAAAAUGUAUGAAAACAAUAAAGCCAAAGUAAAUGGAGAAAAUAAAAUAUCAGAAAAUAAACAUACUGUUUAUUUUAAUGGCUAUAAAAAUUUAUCAAAUGACGAUGAGAAUUAUAAAUGGAAAAAAAUAUCUUUUAUAAAUAAAUAUAUUUUUGAAAGAAAAGAAGUAAACAAAAUUAAUAAUAAUAAAAUUAGAGAAAACAUUUCAUAUUAUAAUCCAGAUAAAUUAUGUUUAGUUAAAUUUUUAUGCCAAGCAAAAAGUUACGAUUUAAUAAAAAUAAGUAAAAUAUUUUUUUCUAAAAAAAUUACAUAUACUUUUUUUGAUGAUAACAAUGUAUUGUGUGUAUUUUUAACACCAGAAAGUUGCAUAAAAAAUUUUUAUAGUUCUGAAGAUAUAUAUAAAAUUGAUAAUUUAGAUUUAAAAAAGAAUGUAACUUAUCCUCAUACAAAAUUUAUAUUUUUUAUAUUUAAAAAUGGCUCUGUAGUUAUAUGGGAAAAUUUCAAAAAUUAUCAAAAUAGUGACUACUUUAUAAAUAAAGUUAUUAUAUUUUUAAAUUCAUUUUCGGAUGAAUUACUACCAGUUUAUAUAGUUCAAUUGGAUACUAUAUUCUAUUCUGAAGAAGAAAAAUAUAAAGAAAAAAGAGAAGAAAAUGAAAAUGAAAAAGAAGAAGAAGAGGAAAACGAAGAAGAAGAAGAAGAUUAUGAAGAUGGAGAAGGAGAAGAAAAAAAAAAGAAAAAAAAAAAUUGUUUUGUAAAUAAUGGAAUAAUAUAUUUAACAAAUGAUUCAUUAGAACAAAAAUUGACAGCAUCAUUUGCAUUGUCUCAAUCUAUCAGAUUAGAUGUACAUGAAAUGAUGAUGGAUAUUGCAAUUAACACAUUAUUUAACAUAUCAAAAGAAAUUGCAUCUAAAGGAACUUGUAUUAUUUCUAAAAAAAAAAUAUCAAGUAUGUUAGAUGUAUACUCUAGUAUUAUUAAUGUAAAUGCUGUACAAGAUUUUUUAGAUAUACCAGAAUAUUUCUGGAAUAAGGUUCAAUAUGAACACUUAUGGUUUGAGAUAUAUAAAUACAUGGAAAUACCAGAGAGAAUAAAAAUAUUAAACAAAAGAUACAAUUAUUAUAAAGAUUUUUUAAAAGUUAUUAAAACAGAAAUAUACAAUAAAAAAACAUUUUACUGUUAUAGAAUUGUUGUUCUGUUAUUAUUUAUACAUAUAUUAGCUUUAAUUUUAAACGACCUAUUUUUUAUGAAGUAA